ACCGCGGGCACCGCGGGGACUGCGGGCACCGCGGGGACUGCGGGGAGUGCGGGCACCGCGGCACAGCCAGCGCCGGGGGCCGGCCGGCGGCCCGCGCCCCGCUGCCCCUGCGAGCGCCGCCCCGCCCCGGCCGCGGCCCGCGGAGGGGAGGAGGGGGCGGAGGCCGCGGGCCUUCCCCCGCCCGCCCCUCACGGCGGGCCCGGGCCGCGCCCGCGCAGCGGCCCAGGUUUUACCCAAGGGACAGUACAUCUAACCCUUAACUCGGAUCAUCUCUUGUUCAUCAGCUUGAAAGUCGUAACAGCCCCCAAAACUGACAUUUGAUCUGAAAGAAAAAAAAAAAAAAAGCUGUGACAAAUGGACAAUAUGUCUAUUACUAACACGCCAACAAGUAAUGAUGCUUGUCUGAGCAUUGUUCACAGCUUGAUGUGCCAUCGACAAGGUGGAGAGAGCGAAACUUUUGCCAAGCGCGCAAUUGAAAGUUUAGUUAAAAAGCUAAAGGAGAAAAAGGAUGAAUUGGAUUCUCUGAUUACGGCCAUAACCACAAACGGAGCUCAUCCUAGCAAGUGUGUUACAAUACAGAGAACGCUGGAUGGGAGGCUUCAGGUGGCUGGUCGCAAGGGAUUCCCUCAUGUGAUUUACGCCCGUCUCUGGAGGUGGCCCGAUCUUCACAAAAAUGAACUCAAGCAUGUUAAAUAUUGUCAGUAUGCUUUUGACUUAAAAUGUGACAGUGUCUGUGUAAACCCUUACCAUUAUGAGCGUGUAGUGUCGCCUGGCAUCGAUCUAUCAGGGCUGACACUACAGAGUUCUGCUCCAUCCAGCAUGCUGGUGAAGGACGAGUACGUCCACGACUACGAGGGGCAGCCGUCGCUGAGCUCCGCCGAGGGACACUCCGUGCAGACCAUCCAGCACCCACCAAGUAACAGGGCCUCGACAGAGCCUUAUAGCACCCCAGCCAUGUUAGCUCCCACUGAGGCUAGCACUACCAGCACCACUAAUUUUCCCAACAUUCCCGUGGCUUCAACAAGUCAACCUACCAGUAUAUUGACAGGUAGCCAUAGUGAUGGACUCUUACAGAUUGCUUCAGGGCCUCAGCCAGGAACUCAGCAGAAUGGGUUUACAGCUCAGCCAGCCACUUACCACCACAACAGCACCACGACCUGGACUGGGAGUCGGACGGCAGCCUACACACCCACCAUCCCUCACCACCAGAACGGCCACCUGCAGCACCACCCGCCCAUGCACCCCAGCCACUACUGGCCAGUUCACAACGAACUCGCAUUCCAGCCUCCUAUAUCAAAUCAUCCUGCCCCAGAGUACUGGUGCUCGAUCGCGUACUUCGAGAUGGACGUGCAAGUCGGGGAGACCUUCAAGGUGCCCUCCAGCUGCCCCAUCGUCACCGUGGACGGAUACGUGGAUCCCUCUGGGGGAGACCGCUUCUGCCUGGGCCAGCUUUCCAACGUGCACAGAACAGAGGCCAUAGAGAGAGCGAGGUUGCACAUAGGCAAAGGGGUGCAGCUGGAGUGCAAGGGGGAAGGCGACGUGUGGGUGCGGUGCCUGAGCGACCACGCGGUGUUCGUGCAGAGCUACUACCUGGACAGGGAGGCAGGACGCGCCCCGGGGGACGCCGUGCACAAGAUCUACCCAAGUGCAUACAUAAAGGUGUUUGAUUUGCGCCAGUGCCACCGCCAGAUGCAGCAGCAGGCUGCCACUGCCCAGGCUGCCGCUGCCGCCCAGGCUGCAGCCGUGGCAGGGAACAUCCCCGGGCCGGGAUCCGUGGGGGGAAUCGCCCCAGCCAUCAGUCUGUCAGCCGCCGCCGGCAUCGGCGUGGACGACCUGCGCCGCCUGUGCAUCCUCAGGAUGAGCUUCGUGAAGGGCUGGGGGCCCGACUACCCGCGGCAGAGCAUCAAGGAGACGCCCUGCUGGAUCGAGAUCCACCUGCACCGCGCCCUCCAGCUGCUGGACGAGGUGCUGCACACCAUGCCCAUCGCCGACCCCCAGCCCCUGGACUGAGAGCCCGCCCCGCCGGCGCCGGGAGAUGGUGGAUCUGUAAAAUACCGGUUCUGUUCAUGAUAACCCGGAGAUAACGUUUUACUUCUGUUUCUGCUUAACCCUUCCGGAAAAAAAAACAACCAGGUUUUAAAAAUGUGUUUGCCGCCUUGCUCUCAGCAGGAAAGGAAAACCGAACGUGCAGAAUUUUGGGGGUUCAGUUGUUUUCCAGAACUUAAAUUUUGUCGUGGUAACAGGGCUUUGAAAAGCGAAAGGUGGGAGCGCCCUUUGGGGGCUUCACAGUGUUGGGUUUGUCCCUCUGUUCCCUUCGAACCUUUUUCCUUCUCUAUCGUGGCAUCUUGGUGAUAAACUUCACAGGAGCCUUUUGUACGCAGAAUAUAUAUUAUAUAUAUAUAUUUAUAUCUGAAAUUUUCCUUCUAAUAGUUACAAACAUUUACCUUGUAGGGCCUUUAAGAUUCCAGCUGAUUUGUGACGUUCUGUUUAGGGAAUAGUAGUUAGCCAGGAAGACUUCUUUACUUUUGUCAGUGACCUUGUUAUGGUUUUUCCAGGUUAAAGCCUAGAAGCUGCCAAAAAAAAAAAAAAGUGAGGGGAUGACACAUAUAAUGACAUUGUCGGUUAAAAACUUCAUCAUUAGGUUUUUUUUAGGGGAAAAAAAAAGAAAUACCUUAGAUUUCUUUUUUUUUUUUUAAUUUAUGCAGCCAUGUGAGUUUUUUAAAAAAAAAAAAAAACACUAAAGGAGGUGUGGAUGCUUUCAAGUGCUGGCACUCGGUUGGGGUGCAGCAGGGGGGUUACCUGGGUCUGCAGAGCUGCCCUGAAGCUGCAGGAGUGUUUUUUCAUGAUUACUGCUGGCCUCUCUGACGUUUUGCUCGAGCUGAGCUGGUCGGGUGUCUCAAGAAUUGAUCAGAGUGACUCUCUUUUUACGCCGUGUGCGACGCCCAGGACCCAGGUUUUUUGGGUUUUUGGUUUUUAUUUUUGUACCUGUUCGCCGUUUCCACUCAGGGCGAGAUGGCAAACCUGUUUUUAUGCCCCCUUGGUUUAUAUUUUGAAAAAAAGCCCUUAAAUGCCAUCGGUGACCGUGUCAACUGGCAAUGACCUCGCGUAGAGAAUUUAUAGUAGGGGGAAAACAGAAAAACAAAAAAAAAACAAACAAAAAAACGUGCAAAGAAGUGUCGGCUGUACGACAGAUACAAUAUGUAUGCUUUCUCUCUAGCUGAUAGUAUAAAUAAAAGGAUGGAAAACCCCUGAUUUUUUUUUUUUUCAUAUAAAUUUAGUCUGCUUUCUGUCACGCAGUCCCGCACCUUCGGAGCCGUGGAUCCCUCCCCUCUGCAGCCCCAGCAGCAGCCAACAGUGGCAGGAGCUCGUGUGGGUUCAGACUUGCCAGGGAGCAGGUCCAGCUUUUCUCUGCUCUCCCCGCUCCUCAAUAAAAGCAGCGUCCCGAGGACACCUCUCCUUGGCUGUUUGGUGGGGCACGAGGAGGCAGCAGGAAUUCCCUUCCCUCACAGCCUCCGUGCAGGGAGCUGGAGCUCAGUUCAGCAGGCACAGAGGGGCAGGGGCUCCAUCCGGGGUCCUUGGGGCGCGGUAACGGAGGGACAGGCCCUGGGAGAGGUUGUGCAGGAGCUUUUGGCCGAGUUCUGGCGCAGUUGCAGGGAUCUGUGGAGGGCUGUGGCGCACAGCGUUCGGGUGCUGCUUUUCCCACGUGCUGGAGUUCCUGGGAGGGGAGCCAGGAGUCGCUGUUCUCUCUUCAGAUGGAUGGCUUUGGGAUGAUGGCCACAAACGGGUCGGUUUCUCCGUGUUUUCGUGGGCUGUUGCCUUCCUCGGGCUGGCUUCUGGUGAGACCACUUUGUCACUCCUCUUGCGUGGCAGCUUCUCGAUCCCUGGAGGGAGCAGUGUUUGCUUUUCCCGAGGCCUUCAGUUCAGAACCUUUUCCAGUCUCCUCUCCUGCCCAGCAGUCUCAUUUCACCAAACCCCAGCUCGCCCCACGUCCUCGAGGGACACCUUUGACCACGUCCUGGGAGAAGCUCCUUAAGCAGCAGCUCACAACACAGGCCUUGAUCUGAGGGAAGUGCCUGGCUGCGCAUUCCUGUCGCCAGAUUCCCCCUGGGAAUCUGUGCCUGGAGGUUCCCCGGGCAUUUGGGAAGUGCCUGACCUUCUGGCUGAUGAGCUGCUUGUUGCAGGCUCCAGGGGAGCCCCUGGGUCUGUUCCCUGUGUGGCUCUGCAGGGUGUUCAUCCUGCUGGGUGGUCACACCCUGAAGAAAAUCCGGCUGUUUGGGCCGGUCUGUUGGCAGCUGUUCCGCAGGUCUCCACCUACAAGGGUGGCCACAGAUGGCCCAGAAUGUUCAGAGUGGAACAACACCUGAACCCAGAAACCACAGGCUGUCCCUCAGGAGAAAUCUGAGUGCUGUGUGAGGCAGUGAAGCACUGGAGAGGCAUUGUUCCCAGUCACAGCCCUUCUAAAGGCACGGUGAGAUAAAUCCCAUCCUCAGUUUUUAAUGCGCCUUCAGCUUAACUUUUGUGCUCCUAUGACAAGGCAUGAAAGGCAGCACACAAUGGGUUGGGAGCCCUUCAGCAGCAGCAGCACGCUGAGCCUUUGACAGCCUGUCAUUUAUGCCUGAGGGUGGAAGAAGAGCUGCAGCUCCUUGACAGCCGUGAUUAUCCCGGUGUGCACCGCAGGCAGGGACCUCGGGGGUGCCAGGGCUGAGCCUCCCCAGCUCUGAAUCUCUCAAAUCCAGCGAGCCCAGACAGUGCUCUUCCAUCUUCCGACCUCCUGUGCCCGCGUCUGCCCCGCUUAGUUCCUUGGAGGAAACAAUUAACCCCCGUGUUUCCCACCCUCAGGAGAACACUGUGUAACUUCUAGUAACAACCAACAUGAAGGUUUAGGUGGCUUUGUCCCAGUUACUGUUGGUUUGGAGGGUGAGGGCAUUCCGAGGUGACAUGUUAAGAGGUGCAGGAGAGGAAACCUUCCCGCUGGAGUGGUUUGAAAGCCCUGAAUUCUGACAGGGUGUGAUUUCGGAGGGGGGGCACCUGCUGGUCGCAGGAGUGUUCCUUCGGGCUGGGGGCAGGUUUCUUUUGUUCUUGGGGCCGAGCUGUGCAGGGCGUGUGGGUCAUUCAUGAGUGCUUCAGCUGGUUACUUCUGUCCCCAUGGGUCACUCAUCAGCGCUUCAGCUGGUUACUUCUACCCCCGUGGGUCAUUGGUCAUCACUUCAGCUGGUUACUUCUAUCCCUGUGGGUCAUUGGUCAUCACUUCAGCUGGUUACUUCUAUCCCUGUGGGUCAUUGGUCAUCACUUCAGCUGGUUACUUCUAUCCCUGUGGGUCAUUGGUCAUCACUUCAGCUGGUUACUUCUACCCCCGUGGGUCAUUGGUCAUCACUUCAGCUGGUUACUUCUACCCCCGUGGGUCAUUGGUCAUCACUUCAGCUGGUUACUUCUACCCCCGUGGGUCAUUCAUCAGCACUUCAGCUGGUUACUUCUACCCCCGAUGCAGCUCGUUGGCACUCGGGUCCCAGGCAGGGAAAUCAAACCAAUGGAAAGCACUUCUCCAGCGUCACAUGGGAGCUGAGCAUCCCCUCCCGUUGUGCUCCCUGGACGGUGUCCCUGUGAGUGUUCUGUGAGUGCUCCCGGCCGUGACUGUGCUGACUCAGAGCUGCCUCCCGAGGCUCCCCGAGGGCUGACUCUGCCUCUCAGCACCCUGUGGGAGCAGAGCCGCCCUGGUAACCCCUCCCAGAGCUCCUGGCGCUGUUGGCUGCUGCUGUGCCUGUGAGCGACUCGCCCCUGGCGGGUUUGCAGGGCUGGCAGGAGCUCGGGAGCCCGGCCAGCUCCUCCCUGCUCCAGCACCACCUUCUUCGUCCUCCUGGUGCGGUUUGGGGUCGUGGCUCAGCUGGGUCGGGAGCUGCAGAGUGUACCCGUGGCCCAAAACUCGCCGUGAGAGGGUUUGUGUUUGGGUUGGUUUUAUUUUUUUGAGCAUGAGAGCCUGGUUAAGAGUCCCUUCCUCCAUUGCCUUUUGAUAAGCGGUCAACAGAAUUCCCAGUAGUUCCUUUGUAGCUUCACUGUAUGUUUUUCAUUAGGCCUAGUUUGUGGAUAAUAUACUGUAGUUAAACUUUCCUGAAAUUCUGUAACAGAGUAUGUUUUUUGAUUAAAAAAGGUAAAGGUUCAA